UUAUUUAUGUCAUUAUUUGAUUGAUAAUGUAGCCGCGACGGGAGCUGGUUUUAUAGUGAGAGACAUAACGUUUGAGAACUACGCUGGACCAGCUAAGCACCAGGCGGUGGCACUCCGUGUCGGCGCAGACCACGCGGUGGUUUACCGUUGCAGCAUUAUCGGUUACCAAGACACUCUCUACGUACAUUCAAACCGACAAUUUUUCCGUGAAUGCGAUAUUUAUGGAACAGUCGAUUUUAUAUUCGGAAAUGCAGCUGUGGUCUUACAGAGUUGUAACAUCUACGCGCGUAAGCCAAUGCCUCAGCAGAAAAUCACUAUCACGGCUCAGAACCGGAAAGAUCCGAACCAGAACACAGGAAUAUCGAUCCAGGCUUGUAAGUUACUAGCCACGGCGGAUCUUGAAGCCUCUAAAGGUAGUUAUCCGACGUAUCUCGGACGGCCGUGGAAGUUGUACUCUAGAGUUGUGUACAUGAUGACGGAUAUGGGAGAUCAUGUUAACCCAAGAGGAUGGUUGGAGUGGAACGGUCCGUUUGCAUUGGACAGUUUGUAUUAUGGGGAGUAUAUGAACCGAGGGGCGGGAUCAGGAUUCUAG